AUAAUUUCUUUAAAAAAUGAACCUAUGAAGGAGACGGAACCAAUAGGCGGAUAUUGUAUUUUGGUAGAAUCCAUCGGGCCCAAGGCUCGGGAAUUUUUAGUGCAUGUGCAAUCUUCGAUGUCUAUUGAUGGUCAUUUCGGUGGGUCAAAAAUUAUUAGUUCGGCAACGUCAAAAUUCCACUGCCUAGAAGAAAAAAGGACAGAAUUUGUAUACGAAGAUGGACUGCAUGAAAAAACAAUUUUUAUAGGCAUUGAAGAGAACUGUUACUCUGUAAAAUUGACACGCACUUGUCUGUGUGAUAAAUCUACUGAAACUAAAGAUUUAUCCUUUUGCACUAACAGCAAUCUAAUAAGUGAAGGAGUAAAUAUAUUACUUAUGCGAUACUUGGCGCUUAUAAAUUAUGAGGGAACAUUAACUUUUAAAAGCAUUUCCAUUGAUGGAGAUCUUGCUGAAUCCAACUAUAUAUGUAUUCCUGCUGAACGUAUGGAAUUAGAUGGACAUUAUUUAGAUGUUUAUACGAUCGAACGUAAAAUAUGCAAAGAAGAUGGAACUAUUCAUAGUAUAAGAACUUAUUUAACUCCGAAAGCUAGAAUACUCCGACAUAAUUGGUUGGAUGUGCCAUAUGUAUUAAAAAUUAAUCCAUUAACUGAUCCAGAUGUCCGAAGUAAAACAAUAAGAAUGGAAACGCCUCUCAGAGAAUGCUGGAUAGAAGAUAUUGAAAUGUUUUCUAAAUAUUUAGAUAUGAAAUUUUCCAAAAUUGCUGAACAAACAGAAUAUCUAGCUGACCACCCAGAAGUAAAGCAAUUGAUCGCAGAUUACGUUCAAACACUAUUAGUUGUAAAACCUGAAAACGUGAUAGACUUUACAAUACAACAUUUUAAAGCGUUUGCAAAGAAUCCAAUGACCUGGGAGACCAGUACAUUGAAAGAAGAUUAUGAUAGUAGUGUAACAUCACAGCUAGCAGAAAAAAAGUUGGAUACAUUUUGCGGUAUCUGUGGAUUUUAUAUAGAUUAUACCACAUUGAAGAAAUUUUCUUCCACAUCUUUUACAGGGGAAUGUCAUGAGAUGAAGGCAAAUACUUUGAAUUAUAUAACGAAGACAAGCUCAUUAUUAAAAUAAACAAUUAAUUUCAGAGUUCUGACGACUUUACAAAAUCUAUCUGCUCGGAAGAUUCAAAUAAUACUGUACCUGAUAAUCAAGAAAAAUUUGAUGUAUCUACUCCAAUAAAUUCUAUGCCUGAUAUCUUACC